UACGAUAUAAUAAUUCUAUUUCAUAAAUUCGUACGUUCAAAACCGAAUAAAAAAUAAUUUAUUUCGCUCGCGAUAUUUUCUCCCAUCGCGAAUAAUUUAUUUAUAAUUUCGAUAUAGUACAAAUUACCACGAAAUUUCCCCUGCGGUAAUAAUGUUCGCUUUUCGAAAAAGUGUCCCGUAUAAGUUUCAAUUUCGUUCAUCUGUCGUGUUCUCUCGGCGACGGUUGAGAACCACUGGCCCCGAACGCAUCGAUUCGGCAACGCCGCGCGUUAUUCCGCAAGCAGCGGCCAUAGCUAGCGCGUGUGUUUUUGUAUUUGCAUCGCGGUGCACCGUGGGCCGGGCGAAAGCCAAGAUGGCGGCAGCCGUGUUUGGCGAACGCGUUUCGAGUGUGUGCUCGGUCUAGACCGCAUAAAUGGCUCGGCCUAAGCGCACAGUACGUUCCCACGCUGUGAUAUACUGAUCCGCACAAUUCGCCAGGUGCUCGAUAUCGUUUGUGUGAUGUCCGUUUGACGAGACACGAACCACGAGAUUCUUAAGGGAGGAAAAAAGUGUCCGUCUCGUGCACCCUGUCACUGUUCAGCACCUUCGACCGCACGCCGAGGAUAAUAUUCGCCGUCGUCGUUCCGCAGAGGUGGUCCGUUCGUCUCGUAUCAUUCGCGAUCGCGAGGACGUCGAUAGAUCUUUUGUCAUGGUGAGUUUUCUUUUUGUUUCCGGUUUUUGUUUUUUUUUUUUCGUUUAUUGUCGUCGCGCGUUAACAAACGUUCGCGGGAGGGCGCGCUUUUUCUCGCGCGACGUUGUAUUUUCUUCCGCGAGAGCAUCCAUCUCUUGGCACGACUAACCUAUAGACGCGAUGUAUACGCACCGUCUCUCUUAUUGUAAUUUCAAAUGACUCACACCGUUCUCCCUCUCUGCGUUCUUUCUCGCCCCCCUCCCUCUCCCUCUUCGCCCCCACCCCUUCCUCCAUCUUCUCCUCCUGCGAGCUGAAUAAAAUACGUCUUUCGAGUAAUAAAUAAUAAAUAGUUCGUUCAACUUCCGAAUUUCGUUCGUUUCGAUCGAAACGAAUUUACAUUGUCAUGAACGUGGAAACACGAAAUUUAAGUACUAUCUGCAACAAAACUCUAAUUACUGUUUUGAGUAAUAUACGUUCGUAGUUAAAUGUAAAUAAAUUGCAACGAUUGUGCAGUGAAUUGCAUCGGGAUUAUUUCGUUUCCAAACUUGAUCCGUUUAAUUGAAUUAUUUCCAUUGUCGCAAUCAUGGAAACAUGAGACCGAUGGUAUUCGCGAUAAAAGCAUUUGAAUUGUUAUUUUAAGUAACGAAUAACUUGGAAAAUAAUUACAAUUGAAUGCAGACAAUUCGUCACUUGUUUCUAUUAAAGUCAUCUACAGUCAGCUAAAAGGGAUAAGGAUGCAAUGAACGAAGACAGUAGCAGCGACGAAGAUGAAGAUCCCGACAAUAUGGGAGUGCCAGGCGGUGGAAAAGAUCUGGCCACUGCUACCGGUAUUGCCAAUAUCAAGGAUGAGAAACCGGCGGAUGCCCCAUCUAAUCUUAUGGUUAAAGGACAAGGGGGGAUAAAUAUGAUGAAUCAGAAGUUUGGUAGUAAAAUUCCUGGAGGAUUGGUAACUAAGACAGGAAUACCUGGUUACGAAGUGGUGCGCGUGGGAGGAUCGCAGGGUGCACCACCUGGUUUUGUCAAUGCGAGUCAGUUGAGUCAACUGGGGCAGUUAGCUGCAGCUGGACCGUACGGUUUUACACCAGGGUUGGCGUCUUUCGCAGGCUUUAAUCCUGCUGCUUUUUUUCCACCGAGCAUGGAUAUGAGCUUGAUGAGUGGUUUUAUGGGUAUGCCUGGAAUGAACAUGGCUGUUAAUCCCCUUGUACAACUGUUAAACCAAAAUGGCUUACAUCCAAACUGGCCAGCUGGGCUGUCAGGUAAAGCUGUGUCUCAGUUGUGGAUGAAUGCUGGAGAUCCUACUAAAAUGACUAUGCAACCUACUUUACCAGAAGAGGAAGAGGUGGAUGACGAAGAUAUGGGCGUUGCGGAAACGUACGCCGAUUACAUGCCGACAAAACUUAAACUAGGACGGAAACAUCCAGACCCCGUCGUAGAAACGGCAUCGUUAUCUAGCGUUGAACCAACAGAUGUCUGGUAUAAAGUUUCAAUACCGGAAGAAUCAAUACGAACCGGGGCUUUAUCGGCGUUACAGCUCGAAUCUAUAACGUACGCGUCCCAACAGCACGAGCACCUCUUGCCAGACGGUUCGCGUGCUGGUUUUCUCAUUGGUGACGGUGCAGGAGUUGGAAAAGGACGGACCAUAGCUGGUAUCAUAUUUGAAAAUUAUUUAAAAGGGAGGAAACGCGCUAUUUGGGUUUCUGUCUCGAAUGAUCUCAAAUACGAUGCAGAGCGUGACUUAAAUGACAUUGGCGCAUCGAAAAUUGAGGUGCACGCAUUGAACAAGUUCAAGUACGCGAAAAUUUCGUCGGCCGUGAAUGGAAAUGUAAAGAAAGGCGUGAUAUUCAGUACGUACUCUGCUUUAAUCGGAGAGUCCACGCAAAGUGGAGGCAAAUAUAAAAGUCGAUUGAAGCAACUCUUACAAUGGUGCGGUGAAGACUUCGAUGGUCUGAUUAUCUUCGACGAGUGCCAUCGCGCGAAGAAUUUGUGUCCUACGGGUAGCUCCAAACCAACUAAAACCGGUUUGACAGUUCUGGAACUACAGAACAAACUGCCCAAAGCCAGAGUAGUGUACGCCAGUGCCACGGGGGCAUCCGAGCCCCGGAACAUGGCGUACAUGGUUCGGCUGGGAAUGUGGGGCGAGGGAACCCCUUUCCCCGAGUUUACCGAUUUCAUUACCGCUGUCGAGAAACGAGGAGUCGGCGCAAUGGAGAUCGUGGCGAUGGACAUGAAAUUGCGCGGCAUGUACAUCGCCCGGCAGCUCAGUUUUCACGGUGUAGCUUUCAAAAUAGAAGAAGUACCGCUAUCCAAAGAAUUUACCGCAGUAUACGAUAGUUCAGUUCGAUUGUGGGUCGAGGCGCUGCAAAGGUUUCAAGAAGCGGCCGAACUGUUGGAUGCCGAGAAUCGCAUGAAAAAGACGAUGUGGGGCCAGUUUUGGUCGUCCCAUCAGCGAUUUUUCAAAUACCUGUGCAUCGCCGCUAAAGUGAAGCAUGCCGUCGCGGUUGCUCGCGAGGCUGUCAAGUGCGGAAAGUGCGUUGUGAUUGGUCUACAGUCCACCGGCGAGGCUCGCACGUUGGAGCAACUGGAACGCGACGACGGGGAACUCAGCGACUUUGUCUCCACCGCGAAAGGAGUGCUGCAAACGUUGGUCGAGAAACACUUUCCAGCGUCGGAUCGCAAUCACAUACACCGAGUUCUGGGUAUCGAGCCGUCGAAAAUGCAGAGGUUGGAGGACCUCGACGACAUGGACGGUGCAGGUGGAUCCGCGGGCGGUAGCAAGAGGAAACCGAUACGACAAGCAGCCCAGAGGGCUUCGAAGAGAGUCCGUACCUUUCCAUCGGACGACGAUUUUACCGACGACGAGAGGAACGGUGGUCGCAGUUCCGACUCUGAAUACAAACAAAGUGGCAGCGAGAGCGAGGACGAUCACAAAACUGACGUGGAGAGUAAUAUCACCUCCGAUUCUUCCUUUCAGUACACCGAGUCGGACUCUGAUUCGGGCGAUAGACGAAAGAAGAAAGGUAAAAAGCAAAAGAAACCGGUGAAGAAACGCGCAAGCUACGCAGGUGCCGCCAGUGGAAAUGCAGCAGCUCGUAGUCGAGCACCGUCGAGAGACGCUGUCGAGCGUGCCUACCUCAUGAAGAAAGAGUUGCUGUCGCAGAUAGAAGACCUAGGCGAACGACUACCACCCAAUACCUUAGAUCAACUUAUAGACGAGUUCGGUGGGCCAGAAAACGUCGCUGAGAUGACCGGUAGAAAAGGGCGAGUCGUCCAAACGGAAGACGGCACCAUUCAGUACGAAUCUAGAUCCGAAGUUGACGUUCCAUUGGAAACUCUUAAUUUGACGGAAAAACAAAGGUUUAUGGACGGUGAAAAGACGGUGGCCAUUAUCUCAGAGGCCGCUAGCAGCGGGAUAUCUUUGCAAAGUGACAGACGAGCAAGAAAUCAGAUGCGCCGGGUGCACAUCACGCUGGAGCUCCCGUGGAGCGCCGACAGAGCGAUACAACAAUUUGGACGUACGCAUCGUUCGAAUCAAGUGAACGCACCGGAGUACAUAUUCCUGAUCUCAGAUUUGGCGGGUGAGCGAAGAUUCGCUUCGAUCGUCGCUAAACGUCUGGAGAGUCUCGGCGCGCUCACACACGGAGACAGACGAGCUACGGAAACGAGGGAUCUCUCGCAAUUCAAUAUCGAUAACAAGUACGGACGUUCGGCCCUAGAAGCAACUAUGAGGACUAUAAUGAAGUACGAAGCACCGCUUGUGCCACCCCCUCAAGACUAUCACGGAGAUUUCUUCAAAGACGUGGCCGACGCGCUGGUGGGCGUCGGUUUAAUAUGCAACAGCGAAAGCACGCCCGGCGUACUCACGCUGGACAAAGACUACAACAACAUGUCGAAAUUCUUGAACCGUAUUCUUGGCAUGCCGGUCGAUUUGCAGAAUCGCCUGUUCAAGUACUUCACCGACACCUUGAACGCGAUCGUCACGCAGGCGAAGAAGACCGGCCGGUUCGAUAUGGGUAUACUCGAUCUGGGCACUUCGGGAGAGAACGUGCGGAGAGUGAAAUUGUAUCGUUUUCUGCGGAAACACGCCACUGGUAAGGCGCCAACGGAGCUCCACGUUGUUCACGUCGAGCGCGGGAUGAAUUGGUCCGAAGCAUUGGACAAGUGUUCCGAAUUGACGGGAUCGAAAGAAGGAUUUUAUUUGAGCCAUCAGAUCCGUAAUGGAAAGCAAACGGCGAUCCUUGCGGUUGCCGUGGAUACUGGCAAGAAGAAGUCCGAGAGCAAAAAAGAUCAGUUGUACAUGGUUUACAGGCCCAACACAGGAUUACAAUUAAGGCAAGAGACUCUAGGAGAAUUAGAGAAGAAAUAUAAGAAAGUAUCUUCGGACGAAGCGGAACCCCAUUGGUCGCAGCAAUACGAUGCUUCCGUAGAUACGUGUUCGCACGCUUAUUGGCGUGGUAAUUGUAAAAAUGCAACGCUUGGCAUGGACUGCGAGGUCGGACUCCGAAGGCGUUCCUAUAAUGUCCUUUCCGGUUCCGUAUUGAGCGUAUGGAGUCGAGUAGAAAGCAUUCUAGCAACGCGUUCCGGUCACAACUCUAAGAUGCAAGUUGUACGCUUACGAACUGACGAAGGUUUGAAAAUUGUCGGUACCCUAAUUCCAAAGUCCUGUAUGGAGAUACUGCGGCAAGAACUUUCAUCCGAUUCGGAGAACACCGAAGACCUCUCAUUUUGAACAUUUCGUUCCUUCGCUUUACAGGGACGUAAGAGCAGGACCAAUGGAAGCGACACUACAGUGAUUCGUGGACAAAUCCCUCUUCCUGAGCUUUGCGACAGAAUUCGACGAAGAAGGGGGUGCACCUGCAAAUAUAUGCCGAAGACACGGAUACGUGCGUGUUAUAACUGCCAGGAGGUAUAAAGGUUGAUUCCGAAGUGAAUCCGAAUCGCCUGCGUUGUUCGACUGUCUUCGUAUGGCGAGUGAGACGGAAACGCGCGGCACAAACAAUUCCAAUUUUGCGAUCCUAAGAACACAUUGAAAUAUCCGAGCUUGUCUCUUCGUUAGACUCUCGCGUUGUUAUUUUAUAAGUUUUAACAAAGCCUAUUGCUCACCUGUUGCAUCUCGAUACACGAACGUCAUUACGUAGAACCUUCUUUCUCCAUUUCUUUUUGUUUUUAAUUCGUGAACUACGCCCGUGUUACGUCGGGAAUGUAACACGCGCGUUCUCUAAUCCCCCCCCAUUUCAUUUUUUACACACACCAAAACAGAGAAUAUAUCGGAAUCUAUUAUAUAUUUUUGUUCCGUCUUGUAAAGUUUACGAUUGUAAAUGAAAUUCGUCGACAUUUACAAAAAAAAAAAAAAAAUGCAUGACUCUGCGAAACGUAUUUGCUGCGUAUAGAAAGAGGUGAGGUUAGGUUCCUCUCGAAUAGCUUUAUUUUGCGCGUCGGCCAAUUACAAAGUGAUCACGAGGAAAGAAAAGCGAGAUUCUUAUUGGGAAGUGUGAAGAUAAAAUUCAAUUAGCGAUCGUGCUAACCACAUCCUGGAAGCGUGACAUCCAGUGAGAAUCGAUUGUAGAAAAAAAAAAAAAAGAUAUCUUAGCUAUAGGGGUGGGACUCGCUUAUUCGUGUAUUGUGAUUGAUUUAGCGAAGAAAAGUAAGGGUAACCCGGAUAAAAAUGAAGUACGUAGUAUUAGCACUGUACGAAAGCAGUGAAGGAAGAGACGAUCAAUUCUCGCUGGAAAGUACAGAAUGUAUACGCAAAACUGUUCAACUUUUGUUUGAUCGUUGAAUUGAUCGGAUAGUUAAUUACGAUCGUCGCUACUGCUACCAUUAAUAUUAUUACACUACUGCUACUACUAUUAGUACUAGUGCUCCCACUGCAAAACUACUAUUACUAUUAUGACCGGGGUGGGGAGACGAGGUAAUAAACGAUCCUUUUGUUACACAUCGAACCUUGCAUUGAAACCAAACGUUUGUUUACAAAUCAAGUGCCAAUGUAGACGUAACAUAUUCUCCAAAUAUCGUUGAUCGAAGAUUAAAGUUCGAUGAAAUUUUCUUUCGUCCUUUCGUUGGAGACCACGAUAUAAUUUGAAAUAUUUGUUGCACGUUAAUCUGUACCGAUAAACUCAAAGAGAAGAAAAAUUGGUCGCGACCUUGUCUCCCAAUAUUCUCCAUUUAUAAGUAGUCAGCAUUAAAGGAAAAAGUUAGAUUCGAACGGUACGUACGGCAGUAUAUUUAUAUUCAGAAUCAUAAACUAGUUAUGCGGUUCGCAUGUAUAUUGAGUAGAUGUCUGUUGUUUGUUUGUACGCCUGGGCGAGUUUCGAUAGAGUGCUAAGUGGGAUGGAUCUCGCAGUCUUAUUAUCAAUGACAGAAAACAAUAAUGAAAGAGGAGAAUUGAAAUUAGAGAGUAGAGUAAUCCUGGAGGAAUCGAUAGGAUCAGUUUCCGAGUAGAAUUCUCCAUCGUAACGAGAGACACGCGGACGAAAAUGCUCCCGUGUUUCGAGAACGCCGCGGAAAUGGAAUCGUGAUUGUGAAUAUUUUUCAGUCUUCGCAAACUGUUCUCACUACAAAGAAUCGUUUUGAUGUAGCACACAGAAAAACCACUGCGUUUCUACGGAUACACUACAUAUUGCAUUUAUAAACAAAAAGAGAAAAAAAAAACAAAGCGAAAGAAAAACAGAUUAAAAACGGUGUAGCAUACAAUAUUUACGUAGCGUAAAUAAGAAUAUGUAUUUGUAUCGUAUCGUAUGUCUUUAUAUUUGUUUGUGAUAUUGGAUACAACACAGAGCAACCGACAAAUUAUUUAUUAUUAAUGUUAAUUACAGAGAGAUCAUACGUUGUUUUAUUUUUCAUCAUUUUAACAGAAUCGAUUAUCGAGAACGAAAUUCGUCAAACGAAUUUGCACAGCUGUUCACUCUCGUCGCGAAUGUGGCGAUUCUUGAGGGGGGGAAAAAAAAGAAAAAUAAUACAGUUAACGAAAUUAAAUAUAGAAACGGAUUUGUGAUUAGAAUGGAAGGUUUCAAACUGUAAAUAUUAUAUAUUGAAAAAUAUAAAGCAGUUAUAGGUCA